CUUCCCGUGAGUCUCAGCGCCGCGGCGGGCAGCCAAUGGGCGCGCGGGCUGGGCGGCGGCCGGGGUAUAUAAGGCGCCGCCCCACGCGGCGCGCUCCAGUCUCACCUGAGAAGCGGCGGAGCGAGGGAGCGGAGCGGCGGCGGCAGCGGCACCGGGCAAGAUGUGCGACAAACCGGACCUCUCGGAGGUGGAGAAAUUCGACAAGAAGAAGCUGAAGAAAACCAACACGGAGGAGAAGAACACGCUGCCCUCCAAGGAGACUAUCGAGCAGGAAAAGGAAUGUGUGAAGUCUUCCUAGAGAGAUGGCCUGGUGGGAAGAGCACUUGAUUUUUUUGCUUUGAAUUAAAUCAUCUUUUUUUUUUUUAAUUUUAAAUUUACAUCAUGUACAUGUAUAGAAAACAGCUGCAUUACCUAACCCACUGUCCCACCUUGCUGGCAGCUAUGGCAGGUGGGGGGGACAAAGCGUGGCCCCCUCAGUCCAUCGAAAGCCUGACCUAACCCCAUCUCUGCUGCACAGCCGCCGCCUGUUGACAGCUCUGAUCUCGCUCUCAUGCGGUGGGGAGAUGAGCAAGGGCUAUGGAGGCUCCUGGGGACGGACCCCUCCUGCGUGGGGGAGUGGGAUCUCUUCUGGCCCGGCCCAUGGCCUGGGUCUGUCUCGCAUACUCUUCACUGACGGUGUUCUGUAGCCUCACUCACAAGUUUUGUCUUCCUUGGGGGAAAAAUGAGAAGUUUAUUAUAAAAUAAAAAAAAAAUUAUAAUGACCUA